UAAUUUGGACUGAAAAUACUACAUAUUCAAAACUAUAUAAAACUUUAAAAAAACAAAUAAAAUUAAAACAAACAAAAAAAUUCCCUAGUUUUUGGCGAUUACAAAAAAAGUUUAAAAAGUGUCAAAAUUGAAGAAAAAAAAAUUACUAUACUCGUACUUAGAGAAAUAUAACCAUAAAAUAUUUCUUUAGUGAUAUAACAUCCUUAAAAAAAAAAACAAAUACAAAAUCUAAUAUAUUCUACAAAAUUAGAAUAAGUGUUAAAAACACACAUAAAAUAAAUGUAAUUCUAAACACAGUGCCUUAUUAGUUCUAAAAAUAAAAGUGUUAAACCACAAUAUAAUAUAAUUAAAUUCUCAAACAAAAAAUAAAAUCUUCUAUAUGAAAUGUGACUAUAUGAAAAAUAUAUAAUUAAUACAAAAAAUUUGCACUAUAAUCUUUUACAAUUAAUAAAACAUAAAUUUAAACCUUCACACAAAAUAACGAGUGGGACAUCAUAAACUUUUCGCCACCAAGCUAAAUAAUUAACAAACAAACAAAAACUCAAACUGAUAUAAAAUACAUUUACAUAAAGUUCUAUAAAUCAAUUGUUAUAAAAAUUAAAGAAUUUCAAAAAAUAUAACAAUAAAAUUUAAAAAUCUUGUAAACGUCAAAGAAAGUUCGUAACUUUAACACGAAUGGCUCUUUCGUUACUUUCGCAUCCAAAUUUCACGGAUUUACAAACGUUUCUUGAUCCAAUACGUCCUUCUUUCGAUUAUCCAACAAUAAAUAACGAUCAAAUGGAAUACCACAGCAAUAACAGUUCAGCAAUAAAUCAACAUUUAACACAUAGCAACAAUAACAACAAUAGCAACAACAAUCGCAACUACAACAACUUUGCAUCAAAUCAAACACAAAAUGCAUUCAAUAAUGAUUAUGACCAGGUGAUAAAUUUUGUUGAUUCCCCACCAAAUUCAGAAGAAUCGUGGACAGACGAACAACAUCAGCAACAGCAAAACCAACAACAGCAGCAACAGCAGCAGCAAAGUGUUAAAAUACCAACUGCAGGACCAAGAAUUAUUGAUGUUCAAACAAUUUUUGGACAACAGCAGCAGCAGCAGCAGCAGCAGCAGCAACAACAACAAGCUGCAGUAGCAGCAGCAGCAGCGGCAAGUGGACAACGUAAAAGGCGAAUGGACUGGAAUCCCCUUGAAAUUAAUCAAAAUGGUAACAGUGGAACCGAUUCACAAUCAACUGCGCCCAAAAUUCCAAAUUUGACAAACAGCAACUCUACCAACAACAACAAUAAUAAUACCGCUAACAACACCAUUAACAAGGAAAAGGAAAAGAAAAAGGUCUCAAAUGGCAAUGCUAGUGGUCGUGGAAGUUGGGCGGAUGACAUUGAUUUUGAUCUGAAUGCAGAUUUCAACAGUACCGGAUAUUUGAACAAUGAACCAUUUCUUUCAUUUUCUCCAGCACUAACUGUUCUCAAACAGGAAAUACACUCCCCACAAGCUGACCAACUAAAAGGCAGCAAGAGUCCUUUGAAUUCAGUUAAUCAGGAAAAUUCUUUAAGUUCAGAUAACCAAGAUACAGAACAUCAAGUAAAUGGCACAACAACUGAUCUCAAUGAGUCAAAUGCCUCAUGUGGAUCUCCAUCAUCACAACAAAUAACAAAAUCUGGCUAUGAUAAUUCAAAGCCAUUAACAAUUAAUGGAUUCUCGGUUAAUAAUCAACAACAGCACACUGAUAAAUCAUCAUCGCUGUCGUUGAUCAAUGCUCGCAAAAGUCCAAUUCAACCAGUUGCAGAUUCAUCAAAAACUGAUAGUAAUAAUUUACCAUUGGCAGAUGAUUACAAAUUCCAGUAUAUUUUGGCUGCGGCUACAUCGAUUGCAACAAAGAAUAAUGAAGAGACCCUUACUUACUUGAAUCAGGGUCAGAGCUAUGAGAUUAAAUUGAAGAAAAUUGGAGAUUUGUCUUUUUAUAGAGAUAAGAUUUUGAAGAGCGUCAUCAAGAUAUGUUUUCAUGAGCGUCGUCUUCAGUACAUGGAACGUGAGCAAAUGCAACAAUGGCAAGCCUCGCGUCCAGGUGAAAGGAUCAUUGAAGUCGAUGUCCCAUUAUCCUACGGUCUGUGUCACGUGUCCCAGCCAUUGAAUUUCCUCAAUACAGUCGAAGUGUUUUGGGAUCCUCUGAAGGAGGUGGGUGUCUACAUAAAGGUCAAUUGUAUUUCGACAGAGUUUACACCAAAAAAGCAUGGUGGCGAAAAGGGUGUCCCAUUCAGGAUACAAAUUGAAACGUAUAUAGAGAAUGCAAAUAGCUCGCCAGCAGGUGGCGACAGUACAACGAAUUGUAAUAACAUAGUAGUAGGAGCAGGAACUGGAGGAGGAGUAGGAGGUGCGGCAGUAGGAGUCGUUGGAAGCGGAGGGGCAAGUGGUUUAAUUGGAAAACAAGCCAUUCACGCGGCAGCUUGUCAGAUAAAGGUUUUCAAAUUAAAAGGGGCCGAUCGUAAACAUAAACAGGAUCGCGAGAAAAUACAGCGCCGACCUGUGUCCGAGCAGGAGAAGUUUCAACCAAGCUAUGAGUGCACCAUAAUGAACGACAUAGCAUUGGACACUUUACCAUCAUCGGCUGGUUGCUACAGCCCUGAAUAUAUGAAACUUUGGCCAAAUUCCCCAGUUCAUAUUCCAAAAUAUGAUGGAAUUAUACCAUAUGCCAAUGUUUCACCAACAGCCAAUUCUAGCCCGAUAGCAAUAAACAGUGUUACAUCAACGAAUACCAAUAAUUUGAAGCUAAUGGACGCAAAUAUGGUCUCACCACAACAAGUGGAAUUGGAUGAUUAUCAAUCACCAAAUAUUAUGGCUGAGUCAACACCAGCUCAAGUUACUCAAUGGCUAACCUACCAUCGAUUAACAACGUAUGUUUCUACUUUUGCACAUUUUUCCGGUUCAGAUGUUUUGCGAAUGUCCAAAGAGGAUUUAAUCCAAAUAUGCGGUCUUGCCGACGGUAUUCGUAUGUUUAACAUUCUUCAUGCCAAACUUCCGAAACAUUUCAGAGCUAUAGCCCCACGUCUUACCAUUUACAUUAGUUUAGAUGGCAGCAGCUAUAAUGCCAUCUAUCUAACAUCAAACUCUUCCAAGGAACUCACUCAGAAAAUAUUCAAAUUACCUGGUUUUUAUGAGUUGAGUGCCAACAGCUCAAAUAUGAAUGGUGGAGUCGAUGGAGGUGUAUAUCCGGGUUGGGGUAUGCAAUCAAAAUACUCAGGGAGUGGUUCAAAUAUAUUUAAUGAUGCAUCAAAAACACCAGUUUACAUAACUGGUCCUUCCGGCGUUCAUGUCACCAUUACCGAUGAAGUUCUCAACAACGAAAUCAAAGAUGGAAGUCUAUAUGCACUUGAAGUACAAAAUGGAAAAGUACUUAUGAAAGCCGUUAAUAAAAAUGAUAACUAAACAUAAACAAAAAUCAAAAAGUAUAACAAAAAAGCUAAAUAAAUUAAUUUUAAGCUAAAUAAAAUUUUUAAAAAACAUUACAUUUUAAGAAGGUAAUAAUUAUGCAUAUUCCAACCAACCAAUGGACCACAACAAAACAAUAAAACCAAAAUACGCCUAGAUCACUACUACAAUUCGCUGUACUCAAAAGAUACAAAGAAAAUUUAAUUGGAAAUAAGUUGAAAAAUCAUCGAAUACAUCAUAUUUCUUUUAUUAAAAAACAAAUAAAAUGUUUUCUAAUAUUUGCAUUCAAAUAAAAUACGGAAAAAAUUUGUAACUUGUAAAAAA